UUUCGAAGUGGUUUCGAUAGAGAUAGUUGGAGUUGGAUAGUUCCAGUUCUGGUUCUGCUGAGUUCAGUUGUCUUGAUGUGCAGUGCCUUUGCCUUUGCCAGGAAUAGGACUAGGAGAGAAGCAGAAGCAGAGGACGAUUGAGAGCGUUUUGACAAGUAAAAAGAGUGCCUUCAGUUCAAAACUAUUUUAGACACGAAUCGUUCUGUUCAACAUUCUAUUAACUUACCUAGUGUUUUAUUUUAGACUGGUAGUGUAUUUUUACUGUGUUUACACUCAAGAUAUCAACAAUGAGAAUCUCAUUAUUUUUGAAUUCCACCAUGAGCAAAUCUUGUGUAAGGCCCCAAAAAAACUGGGCUGAGCAAGACAAGAAAACGUGUGUGUUUUCACAAGACCAAAGGAGGGCAUUUUCUCAUCAAGUGUCAAGCAGUAAACAGUCAAGCUCAGUGACACCGGUGAGUCGACUGAGACAGUUGCCAGACCUGCUCAGUGCUUGCUACGAGCUGCAGUGGCUACUCAGCUCUCGCACUUCACUCUCACAAACCCUCGAUGCCGCCGUCAAACAGAUUCAAUCGUUGUCAGCUGUAUUGCUGUUGUAUCUGACUUUGCUACUGUUGACUGCACAAGUCGCUGGUGUCGCAGUCCUCCUGUCCUACGCUGUUUCACCUCCACUGGGGUUCCAGUUCAUGGUUGCGGCAGUCGUUUUCAUCUCAGUCACUGCUUUCAAGAUUAUUAGCCUGUAAACGUAAUUUUUUUACUCAUCUCUCACUUAGUGUUUAGUUUACAUCAUGAAUAUAUUUUGUAUACACAUAUUAGGGUACUACAACUUAGACUAUUGACGUUCCUUAUAUUUUCAGUAUUAUAAGGGGAACAAUUAGUGUUAAAGUUUAAGACUCCUAUUUGUUAGGCUUAAGUAACAUUUUGACUGGGAUACGUUUCCUCUGUAAAUUUAAUUAUUAUGUGUGAGUGUUAGAUGUGUGAUUGUCAAUGUUUAAAUGGGUGAAUAUUUGACAUGCAUUGAAGUACAGUAGAACCUCUUAAUCCGAACUAAUUGGGACCAGGGGUAGUUCGGAAUAUUGAAUAGUUCGGAUUACAGAACAUAUUGUUGUUUUUACAUAACAAUAGCUAAAACAUGGCUAAAAUUGAUCAACAUUAUUUUGGGAAAAGUGAAAAUAUGUUUUAUAAAGUAAAAUACAGUGUUUAUUUUAAUACAGUAGUAAACAUGGUGAAUAAACAGUACUGUAAAUUAAAUACAGUAUACAGUUAAGAACUGCUGUCCUUUGUAUAGAGUACAGCAAUGAGGGGUUCGGAUUAGUGGACGUUCGGAUUACGGGGGUUCGGAUUAAAGAGGUUCCACUGUAAAGACAAGAUCUCUUCCAUGCCGUAAUGUAUAUUUGAUGCUUUGAUUUUUACCCUAUUCUUGGGCCAGUGCAUUAUUUCAACAAUACUGAAUGUAAAGCAUAUGUUGUAAAUAUAGUUUUUGAUCAUGUUUUGCUUAUCUUUGCUUCGCAUGGAAGUUAUCAAGAAUUUCACCAUUAGUAAAAAGAAAAAUUAAUAUUUUAUAUCAAUAUACAUUUUUUAUCGUGAAAAAAUCAUCUAUUCCCUACAGAUGUAUCCCCAUUUCCAAUUUGUCUCUAAGCAAUUUGCUUGGUAUUAAAUAAAUGGUAUAGUCUACAACAUUUGGAUUUGAAGUAAUUUUUAGCGUUGGUCUUUUAGUUUUAAAUAAUAGAUUCAAAACCUCAUUAAAAUACUCAACUUUUAACUGUGCAAUAGAUUGUUAAAAGAAUAAAUAAUUUUAUAUCAAGAUUGUAGCCAAACACAGUUAGUAGGUAAUCUUUUAUAUUUCUGUAAAUAACAUUUUGUAAAAACAGAAUUUGUGCAAUGCUGCUACAACAAUUACAUUUUUACUCGUCAGGUGAGUCUUGAACAGGGUUGCCACCUUAGGUUAAAGAAAAAUCGGGACAUGAUGGCCCCGAUUAACAUAGGCUUAAAUGCCGGCAUAAGGAACCUUAAUCGGGACUGUCCCGGCAGAAUCGGGACGGUGGCAACCCUGGUCUUGAAUCUUGAAUAUAUCAUGCACUCAAUUGCACUUAAACAACUUGAUAAUUCAGUUUAUUUUUUUAUAUAUUUAAAAAGAAAAUACUCCAAUAAAUAGGCUACAUAAUAAAAAAUUUGUAUUUCAACAGCUCUCUGAUUACAAACUGGUUUUCAGGUUGACCUAUAUGAAAACUAAAAACAUUAAAUGAAAUUAAAACUUAACUACAGAAAUCAGAAAUGUUAAUUGUGCAAAGGUAUGUUUAUUGCUGUUUCCAUUGCAGAGCUAGUCUUCCUAUCGUUUUGGCUCUUAACAGUACCACAGAGAGUGCUAUUGAUGUACAGUAGGCCUAACAUGUUAUACUCAUUACAAGAAAUCUUGAAACAUAUUAUUUUUACUACCAUUAAAAAUGGCUAUGGUAACGUUUAUAGCCCAUGAUAAGAUUAAUAAUUUUACACCACAGCCCUAUUUAAUAUGCCUAUUUAUAUUAAAAGAAAUUGUUAAGGAAAUUCACAGGUAAGUCAGCUUUACCGUCAAUUUCCUAAACAAUUCCUGGUAAACUUCCUAACUUUUAAUCAGAUAUAUUAAAAGGAAAUGUUUACAGUAUAAUUUAUGUUUAAUUUUGAGUGCUAUAAAUUUGAUAAAUAUUACAACCACAAGUAAGUAGGUGCAAAUAAAUCAAACUUAGAGUAGGAAUCUAGAGUAGGGAAACAAACAUUAUACAGCAAUAUAUUUAUAAGAAUUUGAACCAUAUUUUCCUCUUUUUUGUUUGGAUUCUAUUAAUUUCAAUCCAUUCUAUAUUUCUAUUAGUUGUUUAUUUUAUUGGAAUUUAUAUUUAUUCAUGUAUAAUAUUGUUUGGUUACAUCUCAUUAUAUUAUACUUUAGAUUUUCUUAUAUGUGCUAUUGAUAGAUCAAAACACCUACUGAUCUUGAAAAAAAAUGUUAUGAUUGUGUGAUCUUCCCCGAUUGGACAUAUUUUACGUUUUUUUCUCAAUGGCUGCUCCUUUAUCACUAUACCUAAUACUGCUAAUACUUGUAUGUAUUCCAUAGUCGUGUAAUAAGGUUAAGACUGAUAAAUAGUGUAGAAUAUUGUUUUGUUUGUUAACUGGAUAAUCCCUGUGUUGUAAUUUUAUAUUGUUUGUUUAAUGUUCAUAAUUUAUAUGCAAGAACUUAUUAAUAAAUAUUAUUUUUGUA